CUAGCUUAUGUUUAUGAGAUGAAAUUUCUAAAGUAGAAUAAUUUUUGCUUGAAAACAGCAUUAUUUACUUACAAAAUGUCUCUUGUAGAGGCUUUUUGUGUCUGCACUAGACCCGAUCAAGCUAAUAAUGUUGUAUUAAUCAAAAAUGACUAUACGGGAAAGCGACUGCCAUGAUUGAUUUCAAGCGUCGUUGCAAAGAUGUCCAAGUAGAAAAGUUUUUAUAUUAUGUGGGUUAUUUAGAAGGGAAUCAGCAGUGAAGUGUAUUCAUAAUGGUUGUGGAUGUACCUUUGAGGAGUUUUCAUCACAAAAUGCAGCCCGCUGGGAUGAAUCCACGUGAAUUAUCCGAAAAUGAUGAUUGGGCUACAUCGUUGGUGUUGGACCCACAUCUCGGAUUCACCACACAUAAAAUGAAUCUUAGGUAUAGGCCCAUCAAAACGAAUACUGCUGAACUUAAAAGUAUUGUGGAAGAGUUUCAAAAAACUCAAAAUUAUGAGAAAGCCUACAACAGUAUUGCUAAAGGAGAAUGGAUGCCCAAAAUCAAAUCCAAAAUCCAACAGAACAAACUCAAGGAGCAUAUUUAUCGCUAUCUAAGGGUAUUCGACAAAGAGUCAGGUUUCGUAAUUGAACCUUGUUAUCGUUACUCUCUCGAAGGUCAAAAGGGCGCUAAAAUUUCAGCGACGAAAAAAUGGUACAAAAACGACAAAAUCGAAUGUUUGGUGGGUUGCAUCGCCGAAUUGACCGAAGAAGAGGAAAAACAGCUUCUUCAUCCUGGAAAAAACGACUUUUCCGUGAUGUACAGUUGCAGAAAGAAUUGUGCACAACUCUGGUUGGGUCCUGCUGCUUAUAUCAACCACGACUGUAGGGCGAAUUGUAAAUUCGUGGCUACUGGUAGAGACACGGCGUGUGUCAAAGUUUUGCGCGAUAUCGAGGCAGGUGAGGAGAUUACGUGUUUCUACGGUGAAGAUUUUUUCGGUGAUAAAAAUUGCUAUUGCGAGUGCGAAACGUGUGAGAGACGCGGAAUGGGUGCUUUCGUUAAAGAAAGCGACAAAAAGGAGGAAAACGGUUAUAGAUUACGCGAAACCGAUAACCGAAUUAACCGGACCAAGCAGAAAAUCAGGUGUAACAAUAACAAAGAGGAACAGUUUGGUGGUAAUCGCGGCGAGGAGAAAAUCGUGGCGCCGUUGAGUAUGAAAGAGUUGAGACAGAAGGGGUUGACGAAAUACGAUGCUGAACUUUUGAUAGCACAGGGGUGUAAGUUUUCGGAUAUUGGGGAAUUUCAGAGAAAGAACCGGUUAAGUGUGUCGAGUGCGAGUAGUGAGAAGGAAUCGGGUACUGACAAUAAUAAUAAAAAAUCUGAAGUAAAAAAAUCUGUGAUAAAUGAAGAACCGCAAGCCUUGGUUAGUUCAAGAACUUCCAGACUUCAAAGGAGACAAGCGAGACAGGCGAAUCAGGAGCUUAUGCAAACUGCCACUCAUAAUGUAUCAAGAUCUAAUCUUUUAGAUGACUUGCAGAGUAACGCGAGUAGUUGUACAAGCACUUACAGCGAUCAAGAUCCAGUUUGUGAUGCCACACAACAGAAUAAAAAAUUUAAUGACAAGCACGAGAGUGGGAAAGGGGUGCCACAAAUUACAGAUCGUCCCUCGACUCCGAUGCAAACAAACGAGAACGGCAUCACAUUACGUAGCCAGAAAUGUCUCAGUGUUGAAAAACCUGAGAGUGUAAUGCCGAAACUGGAACCUCAGGUCAUCUGUAACCAAAACGGUAUUGCACACGUAACAAAACGUAACAUUGUAUGCAAAAGUACGGCUCGCGUAAAAACCCGUCAUUCGUCGCGUCUUACCAAGUUGAAUAACAAUAUCACUGCCAAUAACGAUAAAGACGUAUACGAGUUCGACGACGAAGAAUCGAAAACUGACUCCUUAUGUCUGCGAAGGAACAGAACGAAAGAGACAAAUGGUGAUAAUGUGAUAAAACCCGAAAUUGAUUGUGAAGACUCGAGAGAAAAGUCUGACGACAAUCAGAACAAUUGGCACGGGGCUAAAACCGAAACGGUUUAUUCGUCGGAGACGAUUCAAGAGGAGAAAACACCGGAAAAGUGCGGCCGGUUGAAAUUGACAUUAAGAAUGAAACGGAGUCCAGUUUUAGAUGAAGUUAUAGAGUCUGGGAAUAGUCUUAGUGAGGAUAGUUUUGAACCGGAGUAUGAAGUAUUGAGAGUGGAAGGGGUAGAAUAUACACCUUAUUCACAUAGGAAAAAAAGGCAUAAAUCGAAAGAUAGGAAAAGGGAUAAGAAAUUAAAACAAAGUGAAGAAGUGACUCACUUACCCAUGAAAAGAUUAAGGUUAAUAUUUGGGAAUGAGAGUCACACGAUCGAUAUCCCGUCCACUAGUUCAAAUUGUCAUACAUGACUUUCCUUUCUGAUACAAUACGAUUCCUUUCUUAGUUUUAUUUUUUUUUGUAAAUGUACAGCUGGAUUUUUUUAUUUAUUUAUUUUACUAACUUUUUAACGAUUUAGGUAAAAUUUUGUCUUUUGGAUGUUAAGAUUGUGGCGUAUCUCGAUCUUCGCUAAGAUUUACAAGUCUUUUAUUUAUUUGAAUGUUUUAUCGCAUGAAUGUCGGUCUAUAUUGAUCUCAUUGGGUAUUUAUAAAAAAAUUCUUAAAGUUGUGUAUAUUUUUUUUAGAAAUGUGAAGUAUGGAAAAUUGUGAUAAACAACAAAAAGUGCUGUUGUAAUUCGUUUUUAUUGUGUAGAAUCUCGGCUUUAAUGAAAAACGUCGAGUUACCGUGCAUGAAAUUCGUUUUUUAUUGUCUUGAAUCAGUUUUAUGUGUGUUUGCAGUCUGAGGAUGGGGUUUUACAUUUAUGUGCACUGCUGCUAUAAAUUCUGUUUGAGGAACAAUCUUGUUAUCUCCAAGCCGAUUUUUAUAGCUGAAAAGUGAUUUCGUAUUUUUCGGUUGCGUGGGCGCAUUUGGAAGCGAUUAGCUGGAGGAUUUGGCAAAAAUGUCAUGUAACAAAGUGUCGACUCACUUGAUGGAUGAAGGGAAAAUGAAUGAUUGUGUGUUUAUUUAGAGUGAAAGUAAUUAAAAGACUUGUAAUGAUGUUUAUGAAAAAUUGUAGAUUGAGAGUCGUCAUUUAUUAAAUAGACCGCUGUGAUUCCGAAUGUUAAAGUGUAGUGAGAUCAAAACUAUUUUGGCUUGGAACGAAAAUGUUUUGAUCGGAAGCUUAUUUUUAAUAAAAUUUGUAAAUUGUAAAAUAUUUUAUUUGUGGUAUUCUUUCAGAACCGGCCGGAUUCGAGCGAGAAAAAUUCGUUGUAUUAGCGGUUAGGGGAUGAUUUCUAACAAGUAAAAUUUUCAGGACUUGUUGCCUUCGUUCUCCAGUAACAUUCAAAAAAAUCAUUCCAUUUAAACAGAUCAUUAUUUAUUUUAUUUAUGUAUUGCAUAAUGUACAAUGACAUAUUUUGGUAUAUUUGGUUGAAAUGAGUGCACACACCUUAGAUUAGAUUUUUUUUCAUAGUUUCAUUUUUACAAGCAUUUAUCGAAAGGGUGGAUUACGUCAUUGAAUUUUCAUGAGCGCUGUAUGCUGUUCUCUUACGUUUUUAGAUAAAUUCUUGUUGAAAUUUACUGUUGAAAUUUUAUAAUGUCUGUGGAAAAGUGUAUGGAUUUGUGAAUAUUGUAAUUCGCUGUAUGGACAGUUCAAUGAGGACUUCCGUCAAAGCAUUGUGUGCAUAUUGCACGAUAUUUGUAAAUAUAUUUGUAAUAUGUACUGAUAAGAAUUGCAUUACUUAAAUUUACCUCAUGUUUAUAUAAAAAUCACAUCAUCGAUCAUUUCUUACAUUGUUUCGGUGUUGAUCCCUUUAAUGAGUUCCUAAUGCUCUCAUAAUUAGUUCAUCUUUGCGUGAAUGCACUGGAUGUGUGCGUGGAUGUGUUAUGUAUUAAUGUAAGAAAUGAUAAUGUACUAAACUGAAUAAAGUUUUAUAAAAGCAA